AUGGUGUUUCCGGACUACUACUUCUUUGCUGAAAGACGUUUGGUAAACCAUACCAUUGAUGAAAAACGCGUCAAGAACUUGGAUGACUGUGAACUCUUUUGCUACCUGAACGACGACUGUGUCAGUCUUAACUACAAAAAAGAUCCAGAAAAUGAUAAAACAGGUUACAACUGUCAACUUAAUAACGCCACGCAUCUGAAAUAUGACAGUGACUUGACAACUGAUGCCAAGUUUUAUUAUCGUGGCUCGAAGGUGAGUUACCAAUCGAUUUUUCAUAAUUGUCGCCUUGGAAUAAUUAAAAAACAAUAUGAAUGUUUAUGCAAAUUCUCGCGCAUUCGAUCACUCGGUAUUUGGUUCCUUCUUUCACUCAAACUCUCGAUCUUUCUUUAGUUAUUUCGUUUCACUGUGUUUUUGUCCUUCAGAACGCUUGUGAUAAGAGUCCCCAGUGCCAAAAUAACGCAACUUGCCAGUCUGGAUUUACAUUCAAGGGAUAUCGAUGCUUGUGUCCUCCUGGAUACAAGGGAGAACAUUGUGAAAAGGGUAUGAGUCUAAGUCAACACUUGAAAUGAACGUAAAUGAGAUUUUUUCUAAUUUUCAAUGCUGGUAUGACAACUGUUCUUCAGUUGCUGAAAGUGGAGUGAAUUUUGUCUAUUAUAAGGUGCUGAAUCUUUCAAAAAGAAAAUUUCUUACUGUAUUUUAUUGGGCGUGUGUAAUGUAUUCUUUGUUCGCUCGUUUGUAUAUUUUUGUUUUGUUUUGUUUUGUCUGAGUUGUUUGCUGUUUGUUGUUGUUGCUGUUUUUUGGUGUUGUUCUUUGUUGUUAUUUUAUUUUUCUUAUUUUUUUUGUUUACCUUGAACGUUCGACGCCUUUCCAUGGCAAAAUAAGAGCAGUUUAUAAGUAUGUCGAAUGCCUCAUAUAGUAACUGCAAGGAGAGCUCAGAAAUAAUAGCUUAAUUGAAAGUUACCACCAGAGAACCACUCAAAGCAGGAAGUUACAAAUAAAUUGAGGUUUUUGCGAAUUGCCGAGUUCCUAUGGCUCUUUGAUAGAAAGCAAGCGCAUAUGUCUUCAGUUGAUAUUUUGUAUUUUCCCCCUGCUUCUUUCUAAUUCGACGACAGAUAAAUGCAAAGGAUCCAUUGGCAAAUGCCACGAAGAGGCUACGUGUAAUAACACAUACGGAUCAUACUUGUGUAUAUGCAAACCUGGAUUUAUCGGAGACGGGCAUAAUUGUACAGGUAACCGUAAAUAGUUGGUUUUUUGGUUGAUGUUUAUUUUGAUAACGUGGCAAGCCAUGUUUUAAUUCUUCAAACUAAGUGAGACAGUUACCCAACUAAAAGUUUUUAAGUGAUGGCUUUUUGCAUAGAUAACCUGUUUUCACCAGGUACGACAAUCUCGCGUUCUCGCAAUCCAGCAAAGGAUUGAAAACAGCCAUGACUUGCACUUUUAACAAGGUAAUGGCGUAUGCACAGCAGGUUUUGUAUAAUUUAGAAAUCCCAUUUUUUUUUUCAUCUGUGAUUUCAUAGACGUUGAUGAGUGUCAAAGAAACCACUCCUGUCAUGAGAAUGCAAACUGCACCAACACCAUUGGAUCCCAUGUAUGCAAUUGUCAGCUUGGAUAUACUGGAGAUGGACAAAAUUGCACAGGUGAUUUGAUUCACAUAAGAGCAGUUCGUACGUAUGUUGAUGGCUCAAUAGAGAAACUGCAAGGAGAAUUCCGAAAUAAUAGCACAAUUGAAAUGUCCCACCAGAGAACCACUUAAAACAGAAAGCUGCAAUGAAAUCGAGGUUUUUGCGAACUCCUUUGACUCUCUGUUAGAAACCGAAACGGUUAUGUCUUUAGCUGAUAUUUUAUUCAUUUUUUUUUUAUUUCUAAUCUUACGACAGAUAUUGAUGAAUGCGAAACAAACCCUCACAAAUGCCACGAAGAGGCUGCGUGUAAUAACACACACGGAUCAUAUUCCUGCUCAUGUAAGCCUGGAUUUAUCGGAGAUGGACAUAAUUGUACAGGUACAGUCAACAGUCUGGAAAGCCUUCAGAUUCAUGUUGACUAGUAUAAUGAGCUUUUGUUUAGAUGAUUGUUUGUCGUUGUUGUUUAUUUUGGUAACGUGGCAAGCCAUGUUUUAAUUCUACAAAAUAGGUGAGGCAGUUGCGCGACUAAAAGUUAUAAUGUGAUAGUUUUUUCAAAGACAACUUGUUUUCUUCAUGUACGACAAUCUCGCGUUCUUGGAAGCCAGCAAAAGGUUUAAGACAACCGUGGCUUGUACGCUAUAACAUGGUGCUGGCUUAUGCAUGACAACUGUUGCAUAAUUGUGAUACCCUCUUUCUUAUCUGUUAAUUCAUAGACUUUGACGAGUGUAAAGUAAACCACUCUUGUCACGAGAAUGCAAACUGCACCAACACCUUUGGAUCACAUGUAUGCUACUGUCAGCCUGGAUAUACUGGAAAUGGACAAAACUGCACAGGUAAAUUUAAUGCAUAUAACAGCAGUUCAUAUGUUGUAUGCUUAAUAGAGUAGCUGCAAGGAGGGUUCAUAAAUAAUACCUUAAUUGAAAGGUUCCACCAGAGAAGCACUUAUAACAGACAGCUUCGAAGAAAUUGAGGGUUUUUGCGAACUCCCAGGAUCCCAUGGUUCCUUAAUAGAAACCAAAAUGCUUAUGUCUUUGGCUGAUAUUUUAUUCAUCUUUUUUAUCUCUUUCUUUCUAAUUUUACGAUAGAUAUUGAUGAAUGCGGCGUAAGCCCUGGCAAAUGCCACGAGAAGGCUGCGUGUAAUAAUACACAUGGAUCAUAUGUUUGUACUUGUGAACCUGGAUUUAUCGGAGAUGGACAGAAUUGUACAGGUACAGUCAACAAUCCGAAGAGCCUUCAGAUUCGAGUUGACUAGUAUAAUGAGCUUUUGUAUGGUUGGGAGUUUGUUGAUGUUGUUUAUUUUGGUAACGUGGCAAGCCAUGUUUUGAUUCUACAAAAUAGGUGCGGCAGUUACUCGACUAAAAGUUAUAAAGUGGGAGCUUUUUACAUAGAUAACUUGUUUUCUUCAUGUACGAUAAUCUAGCGUUCUCGCAAGCCAGCAAGAGGUUUAGCUUGCAGCUUUAACACGGUGCUGGCUUAUGCACAACAACUUUUGCAUAAUUUUGGUACCGUCGUUUUUAUCUUUUAAUUUAUAGACGUUGACGAGUGUAAAGGAAACCACUCUUGUCACGAGAAUGCAAACUGCACCAACACCAUUGGAUCACAUGAAUGCUACUGUCAGCCUGGAUAUACUGGAAAUGGACAAAAUUGCACAGGUGAAUUUGAUGUAUUUUGUUUAGUAUUAAAAAAGUCCACCUGAGCGGACUGGAAAAGAGCAACAUCUACACCACGGUAAUCGAAAUUGCUAGAGCAUAAGAUCCUUGAUAAGUUAUUUUACAUCACCUUCAAUCAUGUCACGGACCCUUUAAAUCGUUUUCCAUUGUUGUAAAUGAAUAUCUUGGUUGCUUUUUGUUUCUUUCUUCUUUCGGAUGGAGCUUGCAAUAAAAAUAGACGACGGUGUGAAACGAAUUCGCAAAUUUUACAUUGAACCUUAGGGCUAGAAGGUGCACAACUUCGUAAAUGAGUUAAACAACAGAAUGAAGAUGAAAGGAAAAAAUCAAUGCAUGUAUAUUUUGAAACAAAACGUUAGAAAUCGGUGACGUAAUUUUUAUUGACUACUUGCUUUUUGUUGCGAACCCCUGUUACCAAAAUAAAUAAAAAAAAAUUAAAAUAACCUCAGAUGUAAUUACUGUGCGUGCUCCAUAAUAAGAGCCUGAAAACAUUUUUUAUUGUAUCUUACUAUUAGGGUGGCUGACUUUUUAUCGUUUCAGGUUGUCGCUGAUAGUAUUUGGAUCUUUUGUACAGAAUCGUGCUUUUUGUAACAAAAAUUGGCGUUGAAAAAUUACGAGUGUUAAAUUUGUGACUUCGAGUUUCAUUUGUCGUGUUAGUAUUGACAUUCGCUAUAUUUAUUAUUUUAAAUCUUCCAGACUCGUUCUUCGGGUGCGCAAACGAUAACGUAGCUAUCCCUUCUAAACUGGUACGAAGUCGAUGUUUAAAAUUUGCGGGUGACACUGUACUCACCGGUUUCAUAGAAUUCUGCAAUUUUGCCCGCUCAGAAGACUUUUGGUAGUAAACAAUAAUGAAUUUCCAGACUUUGCGAUCCAUAACAAAAUGCAAUUAUUUCAACUAAAGGUGAUAAUCUUGCUUCAUAAUUACGACCUGAAACUAUUUUCUGUCAUGCCUUUUUUCUUUUUAGGGCUGGGAUUAAAUAGACUUUUAAUUCAUUCCAGUCAUAUUUUUAAAUGUGUCAUAGUUAUGUAAAUUAUGUUAGCUGUAUCUUUAAUACGCGACUUCGCUAAUACUGCGUGCAAGUGAAUGCUGUGACUUUCCAACCCAGUACCAGGUGUCUCGGAGAGAUAAAAAGAGUUAAAAUGCUUUAAAAGUUGUAUGUUUGUAAACUUUUUCCCUUCCUCCGUAAUGAGCCCAUGAUAGGCCGAGGCUGAUUGGUAAGUUCGUGCAUAGCUCCAAAAAAAAUGUCAUUCAAUGUUUCUUUGCACCUUCCACUCCAUUCCGAUCAAGGCAGUCCGUUUGAGGCCAAAUGAAAAUCAAAUAUGCCGAAGAAUACUCAGUUCGGCAAGUAGUAGAGAUCUUCAAAGACCAAAAGCGAUAGAAUUAGCUUUGGAAUAACGAAAAGUGCAAUUUCAAAAGCGAUAAGGACAAUGGCUGGAAAACAGAAAUUGCCAACUUCAAGUGAUACUUUGCGAUAUUUGGGCUAUUAUUUGGACCAGUGCAUAUUAUUCAAGUGUUGAUAUGUGCUUAAGGCAUUGUGCAGUUGCAUAGUUUUUUCUCUUAAUUAUUCAAAUUUCACAAUUUUUAACGCAACGCUAUGCAAUAAUAUAGCCGUGAAGUCAUGUUAACAACGAUUCCAGCAAAGUGAAAUUGAAAUUCGUUCGUCUUUGUUUCUGAACGGUCAAUGUUAGCAUUUUUUUGAACAUAGAGAUAUCUUUCAGUCAUUUUACCUAACAUUCAAUAAAUAGCUUCUGGUAACAUGCGUUUCUCUGGUAACACCAAAAAUGACUUUGAAAAUGCCCUGCGAUUUGUCACUUAAAAGUUUAAUUCUGAGUAAAUCUGUCAAGUUUUCUCUCCAUUAAAAAUCGAGUCAUGAGGAGGAAAGCAUGCAGGAUUUAAUGUAUACCGCAAAAAGUAAAUGAGAGAUUUUCUUUAGAUUUGCGUAACUCUCAGGAUAUCUUCGAGACUCGACAACAGCAAAGAUUGAGGCUGCAUUGAACAACGUGCCCCUUGAGGGACCUGGACAGAGUUUGCCAAUACCAGCGUUCACUGUACAUUAGCAAAGUCGCGUAUUUGCCUUAAGCUAUCCUUCAAUACGCUGUCAAGAAAGAAGGGACUCUAAUUAUGAUCCUGCUUUUCUUAAAACUAAUACAAUUUUUCUUACGAAUAAUUUAUUUUAUGGCUUUGACUUGGAAAAAAGAGAAAUUUACUCAAGCAGAAAUCAUGAAUUAACAUUCGGCGAUGCGUGCAUUUAGCUUUUCUUUUAUCGACUCAAACCCGCGGUAAAACUACGCAAUCGGUGAACUACACCACUGUCACGUAUACUAUCAAGAAUACAUUUAUUUUCCGGAAAAAUGAUUUCAUUCGCAGCCUUGAAAAAGACUGAUAUCAAUAUAGAAGUGACACAACUUGAUAAGAAAACAUUUGUUACUUUCAAGACAAUUGGAAAUGGUCAACUGGAAAGCAUACAGAAAAGACAGAAAAUUGCUGCAAAAUAGUCAAACUCGCACGGCCCUUUGGGAAAAAAAUCCCAAUGUUUCGGAAUACAUUGCUCAGAAUAUAUUUCAGUCCAAAAUUUCACUUUGGGCAUGAAAUCUUCGCCUUCUGAGAGACUUAUAGAUGAACUUCACGAGCCUUUUGAACAUCUAAUACUACAUGUAAUCACAAAUACUGCUGCCAACAAGAACCACUCGACUGUUUACAUCUGAUUUUACGCAGAGGAAACUGAGUUUUAACUUGCCUGUGUGAUAGCGAGGAAAUAUAAUGAUGAGAACUACUAAACUAGCUGUGUUAAUAUUUCAAUCAUUGUUGUGAAUUCAUGGAAAGUGAUAAUCUAUAAGAUUUUUUCGCGGUAUUCUGCUAAGGAUGCAUGACACAUCUGCCGAUGGCGUUAUUCACCUAGCGAUUUAAAGAGUAACUGACGGCAAAUUUUUUCAUUUUUGUUUGUUUCUUUGUUUGUUUGUUUUUGUCUCAAUACAUUCCUCUUAGGUCAAAAAAUCCUGGAUGAGCAAAUAAAUGAUAUAUUGUGCAAAACCAAUUUUUUUGACGCUUAGUCAAUGGCCAUUUUGAAAACGUUCCGAUCUAGGUCACACGUGUGAUACGUCACAUGUGUGUGAGGCAGUGAAUAGCGUCAUGUCAAGACUGAAAGUAACAACUUCGCCCUCGCUGUCCAGCCGCUGCCGAAAUUUACGAGCGAAAAAAAAAAGAGGUUUUUUUUUUCCAUUCUAAUGUAAGCCACCAUUUAGAGACUAUGUAAUACGAAGUGAGAAAUAAAAUAAUGAAGGUUGAAUAUCGAAACACGAUGGAUCGCAUGUCUGUAUUCAGAGCCACGGGUAAUUUGCAUGCCAUUCCAAACAGCUGUGGAAAAGAUAUGUAUUCCCAUAUUUUUUUCCCUUAACCAUUAUCUAUUCCUAUAUUUAAUUAAAUAAUCUUCAGUCCAUGCCGAAAAUUAUUCCACUUAAGAUUUUUCCGGUGUAUGUCAUUGUAACCUCAGGCCCAUCGGCUCUGGAGUGAGCGUGAAUAAGCGUUGAAGUGUUGUCGCGUAUUAUGGGAGGUCGUCAUCUGGUUUCGUUAAUUAAACUCCUCUUCCACGUUCCACGUUCUUUUUUAAAGGAGACUAGUGAUCAGCACAAAGGAAGGCUUCUUGCUGUUGUAACUUUUUGUUUAUUUCUUUCGACGCGUUUCGUCUCUAGCUGAGAGUCCUCCAGGAACGAUUACAACUACUAAGUUGAGCAGCAUAUAGAGCACAUUCGCGCGCCUAAGUUUAAUUAACUUCCAGUGGAAGUGAAUAAUAACAGAAACAUGCUGUAAAUAGAUGUUCAAAGAAACGCCAUAUGCAUGUAUAUUCACGCUCAAGUUAUUCAAAACUGCACUUCUCUUAGCCGCGUUGACAUUUGCAAUAUGGAUGGAAAACAACAGGAUGUAAAACAAAGAAAAUGAAAACCAGCCUGAGGGAAGCGCUGCGUAGUGAUGUUUUGUAACAAAACAAAUGGGGACGGAGCUCUCUUGAUUGAGGCGGCCGCGGCUCCUCUUCUGACUCUCGCGCUCUAUUUUAGGUCCGUCCUUGUGGUUCAAAUCGCGAGGGCCUGACUUCCCCAACAGGUUCAUAAACCCUUUCAUUAUGUUCACCUUCCAUCGAGGCCUCAAAAUCCUAAUAAUCAGACCCGAAAUAGAAAUGCUUUCAGUCAAACUACUGUCCGCCAUAUUUACUUUGCUUAAUGUACACCUGUGUGACGUAUAAGGUCACAGGAACAAAAUCGAAGCGUUCAAGGCGGAUGACCCGCGAAGCUGCAUUUAGGACAGUUUUCCUGGCGAAAAUAAGGCACAAAGAGGCAUUCGAACCACCUUGUGUCUGUUUCAAUGUGUUACCUUUCAGCCGUCAGUUACCCUUUAAGCUUUGUAUAUAUCACGGAAAACUUUAAUUGUUCUUUACUUGUGCCCGCCAAGGUCACCAGCUGGUAAGUCAAAAACAAAUGAUUGAAAAAAUUUAUGAAGGAAACAUUUAAUUGGAUUUUAUCGUGUUGCCGACAGCAUUUCAAUGCGAGUUUUAACGGUUUUCUAUAUAAGAUGUGAGAUUGAAUCUAUUCUUGUUUGUUUGCCUCGUCCACAAUCUCAAAAGUACCUGUACAUUCACCGUUCUUCCCAACUAUUUGAUACUUGUAAUUAAAUUUACUCCUCAGACUCUUAAUCGGCCUUCAUAAUUUUCGUGCGCUCAAAUUAUCGAAAAGAGAAAGAGAGCAGCCGCGGUAGAUGUUUGGAAUUUAUGCUCUUCCUAGUUUGCAUUAUCUGUUAUCGCUAUUGAAUGAUGCAUUGCUCUGAUCUCGCUCUUACCCAAUCAGAGCGUGCUCUAUAUCGGCAACAAACUAAAACCAUAAAGUAAAUAGUCAUUAUCAUUCUCGUGAAAUGCAAGGUCUACUUCUGGUUGGUAAAUUGCUGAAAUUAUAAGAAUAUAGAAAAAUAUAUUUUACCAUUGAUGGUAAUGACUAUAAUCAUUUAAAAUAGUCAUUUUUCUUUGUAGCUGAUCUUGCCAUCAUUACACAAGUCCUGAAUGGAGCCAGUGGAAAAUGUUUACCUUUGAUUCAUCAACAUUUUUUAAAAUAUCUGUUUAACUUUUUCAGCCAACCCGUGUUAUUAUCAUCAAAACCUGAGUGAUGCCAGUAGAAAUAGCAGUUACGUAACACCCUAUUCCCAAGAAGUGUGUGACGACAAACUCUUUAAGGGAUGGUAUCGUUUUGUGGGAGCUGCAGGAAAAAAAAUGCCAACAACGCGUGUGCCGAGACAGAGAUGUGGUACAGUCUACUCAGGCUGGUUGAAUGGUGCUCAUCCUACAAUGGAAGAUGGUGAAGUUCGCAGAAGUGUGUGCUUUAGUGAUGGCUAUGCUGGUUGCAAACACUCAACAUAUAUUUUUGUAAAAAACUGUGGAUCCUACUUCAUCUACAAACUUUUUCCACCUACUUGUUUCUCACGUUACUGUGGAACAGUCUGA